CAGGGUGAAACGCCUUUCACUCCCGGGCUGGCUCAACAGGACAGAAGUAGAAGCUGGACAGCUGCACAAUGAACGGAGAAGCUGACUGCCCCACUGACCUGAAGAUGGCCGUACCCAAAGGCCAAGACCGCUGGUCCCAGGAAGAUAUGCUGACCCUGUUGGAAUGCAUGAAGAACAAUCUGCCUUCUAAUGACAGCUCCAAGUUCAAAACCACAGAAUCACAUAUGGACUGGGAGAAAGUUGCUUUUAAGGACUUCUCUGGGGAUAUGUGCAAACUCAAAUGGGUUGAAAUUUCUAAUGGGGUAAGGAAGUUCCGAACAUUGACAGAACUUAUUCUGGAUGCCCAGGAGCACGUCAAGAAUCCUUACAAAGGCAAAAAACUCAAGAAACAUCCAGACUUCCCCAAGAAGCCUCUGACCUCUUAUUUCCGAUUUUUUAUGGAGAAGCGGGCUAAGUAUGCAAAACUUCACCCAGAAAUGAGCAACCUGGAUCUGACGAAGAUCUUGUCUAAGAAGUAUAAGGAGCUUCCUGAGAAGAAGAAGAUGAAGUACAUUCAAGACUUCCAGAGAGAGAAACAGGAAUUUGAACAAAACCUGGCUCGAUUCAGGGAGGAUCACCCUGACCUAAUCCAGAAUGCCAAGAAGUCAGAUGUGCCUGAGAAACCCAAAACCCCCCAGCAGCUGUGGUACACCCAUGAAAAGAAGGUGUAUCUGAAAGUUCGCCCUGAUGCCACUACGAAGGAGGUGAAGGACUCCCUGGGGAAGCAGUGGUCUCAGCUCUCAGACAAAAAGAGGCUGAAAUGGAUUCAUAAGGCCCUGGAGCAGCGGAAGGAGUAUGAGGAGAUCAUGAGGGACUACAUCCAGAAGCACCCUGAACUCAACAUCAGCGAGGAAGGCAUCACCAAGUCCACCCUCACAAAGGCAGAGCGUCAGCUCAAGGACAAAUUUGAUGGGCGACCCACCAAGCCACCUCCAAAUAGCUACUCCCUCUACUGUGCGGAGCUGAUGGCCAACAUGAAGGACGUACCGAGCACAGAAAGAAUGGUGCUGAGCCAGCAAUGGAAGCUCCUUUCCCAGAAGGAGAAAGAAGCCUACCACAAGAAGUGUGACCAGAAAAAGAAAGAUUAUGAGAUUGAACUCCUGCACUUUCUGGAGAGCCUGCAACAGCAGCGUAUCUUGGCAGAGGAGAAAAUGUUAGGCAUCAACAGGAAGCGAGCCAUCAGCCCUGCCUCUAAGAAACCUUCUCCAGAUGGUAGCAAGGGCAGCCCUGAGAAACCCAAGCAGCCUGUCUCCACCAUGUUCAUCUUCUUGGAGGAAAAGCGACGCCAGCUGCAGGAGGAGCAGCCUGAGCUGUCAGAGCGUGAGCUGACCCGGCUCCUGGCCUGCAUGUGGAAUGACCUGUCCGAGAAGAAGAAGGCGAAGUACAAAGCGAGAGAAGGGGCCCUGAAAGCACAGUCCGAGAGGAAGCCUGGCACAGAGCGGGAGGAGAGGGCAAAGCUGCCUGAGUUGCUCAAGACUGCAGAGGAGAUUUGGCAGCAGAGCGUCAUUGGAGACUACCUGGCCCAUUUCAAGAAUGACCGGGUGAAAGCUCUGAAAGCUAUGGAAGUAACCUGGAACAAUAUGGAAAAGAAGGAGAAACUCAUGAGGAUCGAGAAGGCAGCUGAGGACCAGAAGAGAUACGAGAGAGAGCUGAGUGAGAUGAGGGCUCCCCCAGCAACUGCCAAUUCCUCCAAGAAGAUGAAGUUCCAGGGGGAGCCCAAAAAGCCUCCCAUGAACGGUUACCAGAAAUUCUCCCAGGAGCUGCUGUCCAAUGGGGAGCUGAACCACCUGCACCUGAAAGAGAGGAUGGUGGAGAUUGGCAGUCGGUGGCAGCGGAUUUCCCAGGGCCAGAAGGAGCAUUACAAGAAACUGGCAGAAGAGCAACAGAAGCAAUACAAGGUGCACUUGGACCUUUGGGUCAAUAGUCUGUCCCCCCAGGACCGUGCUGCUUACAAAGAAUACAUCUCCAAAAAACGCAAGAGCAUGACCAAGCUUCGGGGCCCAAACCCUAAAUCUAAGCCCACCAUGCACUCCAAGUCGGAGUCAGAGGAAGAUGACGAUGAUGAUGAGGAAGAUGAAGAAGAUGAUCACGAUGAUGAAAAUGGGGAUUCCUCAGAUGAGGGGGGCGAUUCUUCUGAGUCGAGCAGUGAAGACGAGAGCGAGGUUGGGGAUGAGAAUGACGAUGGGGAUGAGAAUGAUGAUGAUGGAGAGGAUGAUGACGAGGAUGAGGAUGAGGACGAAGACAAAGACAAUGAGUCGGAGCGGAGCAGCUCCAGCUCGUCCUCCUCAGGAGACUCCUCUGACUCAGACUCCAAUUGA